GAUCAAUUUCUGUCAAAAAUUGACAUGACUGAACUCGACCUGAAAAUAAUCAAUUUCUGAUAUCUAUUUGUAUGGACACAGUAAUGUGUAAAUAGCAUAACUCAAAUUUAAAAUAGACUCGACUGGAAUUAACACCUCUAAUAGUACAUAGAAAAGUGUGAUUAUUAACUAACUUAUGGUGUUGACAGAGUGGGGAGGAGGCAUUAGCAAGGGGGUCUCUUGUCGUGCUAUGCAAUCUACACCGGAUGAAUGUAUGGUCUGAUGAAUUAAUUUCAAACGCAAUUUGCCGUGCUUGUCAUCAUCCUACAUUAAGGCAAGCUGCUCUUUCCUUUCUUCUUAGUUAUCAGAUUAUUGAAGAUGAUGAUGACGACACUGAUGCUUCAACCAAUGAAGAUGAGGGCUGUGCUCGACAAACACAAGUUGUUCUCAAUAGCGAGCAAGUGUACAAGGCUCACCAUAAGGGCACAACAUCAAGCAAAAAGAAAAAAAAGGCUAAGUUGAAACGUGAGAUUCGUAGCAUGAAAAGGCAGCAGCGCUUGAGUUCUGAGAAAACUGGUUCAAAUCACUAUUCGCCACUUUCAGAUUUGCACGAUGCAGAUGCAUUUGUGGAUGAGCUGUAUUCUUACCUUCAUAGAGAUAAUAGAAGAGUUCAACUUUCUGAGGUUAACAUGAUGACAAUUAUUGUGAUUGCUCGGACAAUUGGGCUUCACCGAUUGAUCAAGCCAAAGUUUUAUUGUUUCCUUGGAAAGUAUAUGAUGCCCCAUGUGAAGGAGAUUACUAAACUACUUGCUGCUGCUGUUGAUGUCUUCCAUGCUGAUGUUCCAGAUGAUGAUGUCAAGCCCCUAUUUCUUCAGAUCGUGAAUAACUUUGUACACAACAGUUCGUCGCAACCAGAGGCAUUUGCUGUAGGAUUGAAUGUGGUCAGAGAAAUAUGUUUACGCAUGCCUCGGUUGAUGAAUGAUGAUUUGCUACAAGAACUUGUGCUAUAUGAAAAAGAAAAAGUAAAGGCAAUUUCACUUGCUUCCCACUCCCUUCACAAAUUGUUCAAAGAGGUUAAUCCCUCACAACUUCCCAAAAAAUACCGUGGACGGUUUGCUACAAAUGCUAAACCUAAACAGUUUGGAGAGGCGAGUGUUGCAACUGAUGUCCCUGGAGCUGAUUUGUUGCGGCUAGGUAAAAAAUAUGAUGAUCAAGAUUAUGACAGUAUCGAAGUUGAGAAUGAUGAUGAUGCAGAGGAUGAUGAUGAUGGCGGUGAGGAUGCAGAGGGUGAUGAUAGUGAUGAGGAUGCAGAGGAUGAUGCUGGUGAUGAGGAUGCAGAGGAUGAUGAUGAUGUAACGUCUUUUAAGUGCUUGGGGGUUAGUGCAGUGAAUGAAUGUUGUGCUGAAGUUGAGUCCAAGGUAGAGGGUGAUGACAGGAUUACUGCUGGUGAGGAGGUUCAGGAAGAUGAUGUGGAAAUGGAAGGCGAAUCUAGUAGUUUAAUUGAAUCUGAUGUUAGUCAUGUACAGGAUUCUGGAGACAGGAAGAGAAAAUAUGCUGAUUUUGACCAGCAACUAGAUGCUGCUGAGUCUGAUUUCAGAGCUCUGAAGAAAUUGACAGUACGUAAGUCGGAGCACUUGUCCGAAGCAGAUGAUCACUUCUAUUCUAACAAAGAAUUCCAAAAAAUUAAAAAAUUGCUGGUAAGGUUCAUGUUCUGUACAUUCUCCACCAAAUAUCAAGUUUUAAUCAUUAAAUUUAUAGUUGAAAAUCGUAAAAAGUUAAGAAAUCAUCAAAAUAUAAACACUAAUAAUACUGAUUUAUGCGUGUUUUUGUCAUGA